CGGAAGGCGCGGGAGAUGCAAGAUGGCGUCGCUUGUUACAGAUGUUCUGCUCGCAAAUACGGAUCUGUUAGAGAAAGAGGACCUGGGGACACGCAUUGGCAAGUUAUCAGCCCACAUUGAUGAGAUCAAGGGGGAAAUCUAUCAUGCAGUACAUGAGAAAUAUGCCAACUUCAGACCCACCCGAGACUCCACACAGGAGCUGCACAGCAAAGUGCAGGCACUUACUAGCGAGAUGGAAACUCUGAGCAGUAAAAUCAAGGGAGACAUCAGUUCUCAUCUCAAUAGCUCCACCAGUGACCUUCACGACCUGACGAGGCAGUUAGAGAAAACUAACGCCAUAAUCGAGGUGCUUCAAUCACUAUGCAAGGUGAAUGGUUUGCUGACAGGUUUUCAGAGUUGUAUGCAAACAGGGGAGUAUGUGCAAGCUGCUGACAUCAUCAAUGCAUUGAAAUUUGAUCUGGAUGUUCUUAUUGAAGAUGGUUAUUGUGAACUGAAAAUCGUCAAGGCUCUUAGGUCUGAGCUGAGAGUGAACCAGGAGAUGCUCUUGCAUCGCCUAGGGGAGGCAUGGACGGCCAUGGUCAUCUGGAAUGUACCCCACGCCAAAGAUCCAGUCACCAUGGCGAACGUCAACCAAGUCCAACUCAAACUGAUUCACAGUGAAAAUGCAGAGCUGACUGUCACAGCCAUGAACCAGGUUGGAAUUCUGAAGAGCAAAAUGGAAGUUUUUGCAAAGAAACUGAUUGAGUACAUCUUGAAGCCCCUCGUGAUGCUGCCAAGUGUAACGCCGGCAAUUAAUGCAGGCCAAAAGUCACAGUCAACUACCAUCGCAUUCAAGGUGCUUCCCAGCAGGUCUGAGGUGCAGUCGGAUCCCAUUGCUGUGUACAGGAGCAUACACUCAGUACUCAAGGCACUCAGUGGGCCGCUGCUCGGCCUGAGGACGGAGGGUAAAAACGGAGAUGAGAGCACUAAGCUAACGGCCAUGCUAGGAGAGCUUGUUUGGUCCAAGCUGUCAAAGUGUAUCAUCACAAACUGUCUGGUUCACUCCAUACCAACAAGCACCUCAAAGCUGAAUGAGUACAAAAGUGUCAUCACAGCAACCGAGGCAUUUGAAGCUUCACUGCGGAAAACAGGGUUUAUCACAGAAACUGCUUCACCACUGCUGACCUACGCCAGGGAUGUCAACGUCCAUUUUGCAAACAAAAAGUGUCAGGAGUUGAUAGUGGAAGCCCGCAAGCUGAUGAAGAGAGAGCUCCACAACACAAAGAGGGUCGGCUCCAGUACAGUAGCUGAGAACAAGGUUAAAGGUCACAAAGAAGAUACAAAGGAAAAGAAUCAUGUCAGCGAGGGUAUAUUUGCGCUGCCGGAGUGUGCAGUCAGUGAGAGUGUGGAGUGUUUGGUCAAUCUUGCCUACCAGACUCUACAAGAAGCUGCCAGCAAUACGCCGCAGUGUGCCAUCCAGCUUUUCUACACAGUCCGAAACAUGUUUGAGAUAUUUUGCGAUGUCGUGCCCACGUACCACAGAGAUAGUCUGGAGAAGCUUCCUCAGUUGUGUGCGUUACACCACAACAACUGCAUGUACAUUGCCCAUCAUCUCUUGACGCUAGGUCACCAGUACCGUCAGUCCUUACCCCCUCCGCUCCGUGACGGCCUGUCCACGUUUGUCGACCUGAUCCCAGUCUUCAGGAAGUUGGCUUCCCAGUGUUUCUUGGCCCAAAUGAGAACUCAACGAGACCAGUUACUGGAGAGUUUAGUUGGAGCCGAGGGCUUUGACCAAGUAGCAACAGAUGACAACUUUGUUGGAAGUGAGAGGGCCAUCAAACAGGUUUUACACCAGUUGGGUCACCUCCAGCGAGUGUGGACAGACAUCCUCCCCAGCAACGUCUACACCAAGGCCAUGUCCACCCUGACCAACACGGUGCUGAAGCACAUUGUUGAGAAAGUGACUUCACUUGAGGAUAUAUCUGCCGAUGAUGCACAGCAGUUAUAUUCAUUACUGUCAGGACUGCAGGAGAACAUUCCGCACUUGAUCAAGCCAGGAGAAGUUGAGGAGCCAGUUCUUGUGCAAAGUACUGUGGACCAAUGGACAUCAUUCAGUGAGUUGCUGUUUGUGUUAGAUGCCAGCAUGCAAGAUAUUGUCGAUAGAUGGGCCGAGGGUAAGGGUCCACUUGCAUUGGCAUUCAGCGCCAGUGAAGUGAAGAGCCUGAUGCGAGCGAUCUUCCAGAACACGGACAGGCGGGCCACUGCACUUGCAAAAAUCAGAUAGGACCGGGUCGGGACAGAACAGCAAGUGAGUCCACAGGUACUGGUGUGUGGUGGGAGUUGGUGCAAUUGCGAAGGUAGUAAAGUGAAUGGCGUAUACAGUAUCCGUGCCAAACCUGCAAGGGGCUGCAAACGUAGCGCAGCAAUUUCUGUGUGCCUUCUUGCAUUAGCUUCGACUCAUUUUCAGCAGAACAUCAUUGAUAUUUGCUGAAGCCAAAAGGAAUGACCUCAUCAACUAGCGGCCAGUCUGCAUCACCCACGCACACAAAUAAAACAACCUUCAUUUUGCACAAUCCGCACACACUCUGAGAAUGUUUCCUGGGUAUGUUCGAAAAGUGGCUAGAGACUUUUGUAGAGAAAUGCAGAGUUGGCACUAUAAAAAUGAUGCUCUUCUAGAUUAUGGUGCUACGGAUAUUAUUAUUGCAAGAUACAAUGACCAAUCCCAAAGUCAAGAAAAUAUCAAAAGGUCAUGUCCCAAUAUUGUCAGAGACCUGAGAGAGGAGCCCUCUGAUUGGCUAGAAUCAGGUUGGCAACCAGCUUCAGCAGUGUAUGCAUUGUCUGAUGCUAUUGCCAAGUCAUUUUCAGUCAAGCAGGAAUCCUGCCGCUCUGGUCAAGGCACUGUACAACAGUCACCUUUCCCUUGCAAGUAAGAACUCUUCAUCCAACUUGAAAUUGUAGGAUGCUAAUCUAAUAAGCUACUGGUUAUAAGCCAGAUUUUAACAUCUGAAUAACUGAGUACUAGUCAGACUAUUGUACAUGAUCAACUUACAAUUCAGGAGCCACAAGUAAAAUUUGCACUAACUCGGUGGUGCAAAACAGUAAUGAUAAAAACGGUUUCCAGGCAAACAGUUGUCUGGCUAUUAAAUAUGGCUAUAAAUUUUCGUAGCAUAUUUUUUUCAAAUCUCCUUUCAGUGACCAAAGGUGAUACCAGAUCAGUUCCAUUUUCUUGAAUGGGGAUAACGGAUAAGCUCACUGAGAGAGGUUUGCAUAAUUGGCACAUAUAUUUUAAUCAAAAAAUAUGAAAAUGUGGCAAAAGGCAGCAAUACAUAUGUGACUGGCUUUUCAAAAAUGGCCCUUGGGCUUAGGCGUGACAAAGUGAUUUUAAGUGAUGCCCACAGAUAGAGAGGCAUUUAAUUAAGGAUUAAACUUGUGUAUUUUUGACCUGGCACAUUCUAUUCCUGAGAUACAGUAAAAUUUAGACUUGAUCUCUGGCAGAUGUACGGAAUGGUCGGUUACAUAGAGACGCACAGCAUGACUUAAGGGCCUUUUUUGAAGAGUGGGUCAUAUAUAUGUGGAGAAACUGUCCAGUAAGCCGUACAGGGAAACUGACAAGGUGCUUUCAUAGUAAUUGCAAAAAUUAUAAUAAAUGACUAGAGGGGGUUUUGAACCUGCAACCUCCAGAACACCGUGUGGAUGCUCUACCAACUGAUCUAGCCAGCCUCAUGUUGGGAGUGCCAAUCAGAAGCCACAAAUCUGCAUACCAUGGAGACAGUAACACUCUUACAAACCUUGAUGUUAAUCAGCACUCAGGAUCAACUUUUGUGCACUCAUUGUCAAAUGAUAUCCCAAGGGUCGCAGGUUCAAAUCUCGCUACUGGCAUUUUUUAAAGCUUUCCUUAAUGUAUCAACAGAUUAGUAACUGCAGAACAGUUUAUCGCUCCUAAAACUCCUAAAAUUUAGUCAAAUGCCCACUGGUCAGAACUGCAAGUAUUAUGCCUGUACAUGCACAAUGUAAAUCAUGAUUUUGGCUGAAGCUUGGAAUGAAAUCAGUGGCAGAAUGCAAAAUAAAAUAAAUAAUUUGAUGCCAGAGAACUAAUUCCUAAAGAGCUUUUCGGCAGCAAGUGGCAUGCACAGUUAAAUUGAUCAAAUGACAAGACUGAACGUAUAUUUGUACCUAGCUGAACAAGUUAACGACAGCUGAAAUUGUAACUCUUGACAGAAAUUCACUACAGUGAUGAACAGACAGAACAAAAACUUCAGAGUGCCAAUUGAAAAUCUUCAGCCAUUCAUUGAUGCUAAAAAUAAAGCAAGGAUAUAAAAAAAGU